AUGUUGCAGUCACAUUCCAGCCGCUGCUCUGAGACUUUAUCCUGUGCAGCCCCCGACAGGCUGUUACUGCUCUACAACCAACGAUAUGGUCAUCUUCAUUUGCUUAUUUGUCUUACUGUGGGAAGAGGCUCAUGGAUGGGGAUACAAGAACGGAAUUUUUCACAACUCCAUUUGGCUUGAACAAGCAGCAGGCGUGUACCACAGAGAAGCACGGUCUGGCAAGUACAAGCUUACCUACGCAGAAGCUAAGGCAGUGUGUGAAUAUGAAGGUGGGCACCUUGCCACCUACAAGCAGCUAGAGGCAGCCAGAAAAAUUGGAUUCCAUGUGUGUGCUGCCGGCUGGAUGGCCAAGGGCAGAGUUGGCUAUCCCAUUGUGAAGCCAGGGCUCAACUGUGGAUUUGGAAAAACUGGCAUUAUUGAUUAUGGAAUCCGUCUCAAUAGGAGCGAAAGAUGGGAUGCCUAUUGCUACAAUCCUCAUGCAAAAGAGUGUGGGGGUGUCUUUACAGAUCCGAAGGCAAUUUUUAAAUCUCCAGGCUUCCCAAACGAGUACGGUGAUAACCAGAUCUGCUACUGGCACAUUAGACUCAAAUAUGGUCAGCGGAUUCACCUGAGUUUUUUGGACUUUGACCUUGAAGAUGACCCAGCUUGUUUGGCUGACUAUGUUGAAGUAUAUGACAGUUACGAUGAUGUUCACGGCUUUGUGGGAAGAUUCUGUGGAGAUGAGCUUCCAGAAGACAUCAUUAGUACAGGUGGGAGGGGCAGAAAGAAAAUGAAUGCCUCCUGCCCUGUUCCAUGUGAUGAUGAAAUUGCAACUUCGUUGAUUGAGAAUCCAGCUCUGAAUUCGGGAAAUGUCAUGACAUUGAAGUUUCUAAGUGAUGCUUCAGUGACAGCAGGAGGCUUCCAAAUCAAAUAUGUUGCAGUGGAUCCUGUACCCAAAUCCAGUCCUGGAAAAAAUACAACUACUACUUCCACUGGAAAUAAAAACUUUCUAGCCGGAAGAUUUAGCCAUUUGUAAAACAGAAGAACAUUCAGAAUACACAGUGUUCAUGUUUGCACCUUUUGGAACUCAUUGAAUCUCACUUAGAUAUUAUUGUUAACAUUUAUUUAUUAUUUUCUAAAUGUGAAAGCAAUACCUGAUAAUUUCAGUAAGUACAGAAAAAUUUAAAUGAGAAGUAGUCUCUUAUAACCCCCACUACGUAAAAUAACAACCAUUAAUAUUUUUAUAUGUUUUCUUUUAGUCAUUUUUCUAUUUGUGGUAUAUGUAUAUAUGUAUCUAUACAGAUUCGUAUUUGAAAUUUCAGAAUUUUGCUCUAGGUACAGUUUUACAAUCUAGUUUUUCUCCCGUUGAACUUUACAGCAUUAGUAUUUUUCCAUAUCAUUGAAUAUUCACAAAAACAUAAUUUUGAACAUCUGUAUAAUAUUCCAUUCUACGAUUGUCCCGUACUUUAUUUAAGCCUUUCUAUGUGGUUGGAAUUUUGGUUGUUUUUGUAAAUACUGCUACAAUAAACAUUUUUUAAUAUACA